AUGACACGGGCAAUUCUUGUUUGCGGCGCGACUGGAAAGCAGGGCGGUGCAGUCAUCAACCACCUCGUCGAACAGAAUGCCGACUUUGAGAUUCUCGCCGUCACCCGCGAUGCAACUUCCGGGUCCGCCCAACGUCUCUUGAAAAAGUCAUCCAAGAUUCGCCUCAUUCAGGGUAACUUGGCGGACCCUACUGCGCUUUUCAAGACCGCGCAAGAAGUCGCCUCAUCUCCCAUCUGGGGCGUCUUCAGUGUUCAGGUGCCAACGGGCUUCGGCCAGGGCGGCGGCGGCGAACUAGGCCAAGGCAAAGCCCUCGUCGACGCAUCCCUCAAAGCAGGCGUCAAAUUCUUCGUCUACACCUCCGUCGAGCGUCACGGCGCAGACAACGCCACAAACGUGCCCCAUUUCGCCCACAAGCACGAGAUCGAGCAGCACCUCUUCAACAAGUCCAAGGGCACCGACAUGGAGUGGGCCGUCCUCCGGCCCGUGGCUUUCAUGGACAACCUCACGGACAACUUCUUUGGCAAAGUGUUUACCACGUCGUGGCGGAUGGCGCUCAAGGGGAAGCCGCUGCAGCUCAUUGCCGUCAGCGAUAUUGGCUACUUUGGCGCCGAGGCGUUUCUUCAUCCGGAGGCGUACAAGGGCCGUGGAGUCGCGCUUGCUGGGGAUGAUUUGACGAUUGAGCAGUUUGCUGCGGUGUUCAAGAGGAAUACGGGCAAGGAGCUGCCUGGGACGUAUAGGGUCUUGUGUUGGUUUAUCAUGGCGAUGGUGAAGGACUUUGGAUACAUGUUUAAGUGGUUUCAUGAUGUUGGUUAUGAUGUUGAUAUUGCGGCGCUGAGAAAGGAGUAUCCUGGGCUGAAGGAUUUUGAGACUUGGCUGAAGACGGAGAGCGAGUACGUAGGUAGUAUUCGAUCAUGA